AAUCGAUAGUUUACUGAAUAAGCUAGAGAGUCACUUGGGCUGCAAAGAUGUUGGAAGAAGACAUGGAGGUGGCCAUCAAGGUGGUGGUAGUAGGAAAUGGAGCUGUUGGAAAGUCCAGUAUGAUUCAGCGAUAUUGCAAGGGGAUUUUUACAAAAGACUACAAGAAAACUAUUGGUGUAGACUUCCUGGAAAGACAAAUCCAAGUUAAUGAUGAAGAUGUCAGGCUAAUGUUAUGGGACACUGCGGGCCAAGAAGAAUUUGAUGCAAUAACUAAGGCCUACUAUAGAGGAGCCCAGGCUUGUGUUCUUGUGUUUUCUACAACUGACAGAGAGUCCUUCAGAGCAAUCCCUACCUGGAAGGAGAAAGUUGUGACUGAAGUUGGGGACAUUCCCACAGUUCUUGUGCAAAAUAAGAUUGAUCUUCUUGAUGACUCUUGUAUAAAGAAUGAAGAGGCAGAAGCACUGGCAAAAAAGCUAAAACUGAGGUUCUACCGAGCAUCUGUGAAGGAAGACCUAAAUGUAACUGAAGUUUUUAAGUACUUGGCUGAUAAAUAUCUUCAAAGGCUCAAGCAACAAACAGCUGAAGAUCCAGAACUAGUACAUACAAGCAGUAACAAGAUUGGUGUUUUUAAUACAGCUGGUGGAAGUCACUCCAACCAAAAUUCUAGCACUCUUAAUGGUGGAGAUGUCAUCAACCUUAGACCAAACAAGCAGAGGACCAAGAAAAACAGAAGUCCUUUUAGCAACUGCAGCAUACCUUAGACCACUUUUGGAGGAAGAAAAACCAAGCCGGUGAAUUGGAUGAAGUUGUGCAACUGAGUACAGAAUAAAGCCAGCUGUAGAGGUAUUUUUACCAGUGCUUUAGCAAAUCUUGUGCCUAUGGGAUCCUUGAUAGAGGGUGGAUUUAUAUAAACUUGCUGAUGCAGUGUUUUUUGGUGUGUAGAGUGAGACACCUGGUGGCAAAACACAGAACCGUGGCUGCCCCUGUGCACUUUGUAAAAAUUAGACAAGCUUCUCCUUUUUCAAGGAAUUAUUUACAGAGCUAUGAACUAGGUAUUGCUGAAUUGCAAAGCACAUUUAACGUAAGGAUAAUACUUACAAAUAUAGGUACAGACCAUAACGCUAUGGCCCAAGGUAAAGUAGCAACCUUGCAACUAAAUUUCAAAGAAAAUGAUAGAAUUGGUUAGUCAGGACACUAAGAAGAUAAAGGAAGAGCAAAAAGAAAACACUACGUUUUAUGCCUGAAUAUAUUAAUAUGGAUUCUGGCAGUUC